GAAUCGGGAGACAACAACGAGGAGGAGGCGCCCAAGAUCAAGUUCCGCAACUAUCAACCCAAGUCUGAUGAGUUCAAGACCGCGGUGGUGGAGCCGGUGAAGGUCUCGGUAGACAAGGAACUGGAACAGGUAGGAGCGGCUCCGCAGGGUAACGAGAUACAGCUGGAUGUUGCCCCGAAAAAGCCGAACUGGGACUUGAAGCAGCAUAUCCAGAAGAAACUCGACAAGUUGGAGAGGAGGACGCAACAGGCCAUUGUCGAGAUGAUAAAAGACCGAGUG